AUGGCCGAAACUGCAUUGUCCUUGGCUCGUGAUCAUUUGUUUCCGUUCUUAAAGGAAGUUGGCAACAUGAUCAGGGGCGUCCCAAAAGAUGUUGAUGACAUGAAAAAUGAACUAGAAAGGAUUCAAGCCAUCAUUCAUGAUGCAGAUAGAGUGGCUGCAGCUGGAGACUGUUCCACACGAGAAAAAGUUAAAGCAAAGGUUAAGCUGCUGAUAGAAGUAGCUUUUAGCAUGGAAGAUGUAAUUGAUGAGUAUGUGAUCCAUCAGGAACAAGAGCCUCGUGAUCCUGGAUGUGCAGCUUUUCCCUGUCAUCCUGCUGACCUCAUCGAAACCUUGAUGCUUCGUCUUCAAAUAGCAUAUAAGAUUCAGGAUGUUAAAUCACAAGUUCGUGCAUUCAACGAAAGCAGUGAAAGGAAGAGUGACUUCAGAAUCCAACCUUUUCUAGAAAAAGAACCAAGCAGCUCUAGUGGAAACCAAAACAAGACUUUGGAGAAGAUUCGAAAGGCUCCCCUUUACAUGGAAGAAGCUCAAAUUGUGGGCUUUGAAGCACCCAGAGAUGAAUUGGUUGGUUGGUUGAUAGAGGCAAGAGCAGAGCGCACUGUAAUCUCUGUGGUAGGAAUGGGAGGGCUGGGAAAGACCACUCUUGCCAAGAAAGUGUUUGACAACAAGGAGGUGAUCGGGUUCUUUGAUUGCCAUGCGUGGAUCACAGUGUCUCAGUCCUAUACUGUUGAUGGCCUGUUGAAGGACAUAUUGAAGAAGUUUUGCGAAGGAAAACAUGUGGAUCCUCCUCAAAAUAUUUCUACAAUGGAAGGCGAUUCAUUGAUAGAUGGAGUAAGAAACUACUUGAGCAAAAAGAGGUACGUGAUUGUCUUUGAUGAUGUGUGGGCUGUAAACUUUUGGGAUGAGAUUGAAUUUGCUACUCUUGAUAGUCAAAAUGGAAGUAGGAUAAUUAUGACUACUAGGGACAUGAAAGUAGCCGAGUCAUGUAAAAAAUCUUCUUUUGUUAAAAUACAUGAAUUAAAACCUCUAUCUCCAACACAGUCAUGGGAACUCUUUUGCAAGAAGGCAUUCCAAUUUGAAUUUAAUGGGUAUUGCCCAGCAGAGUUAGAGCAUAUAUCUUCUGAGAUUGUUGAAAAAUAUUAG